AACUACACAAAAAUGCCAUCCCAACAACAACCCUCACCACCAACGACCCCAUCUCGGUCCACCCUCAAAGAAUUCCUCGCCUCCAUAGCGACCAUCCAAGGCGACCUUUCCAACAUCACCGCACCUCCUUUCGUCCUAGGAUCCUACUCCACAACCGAGCUCCCGCAAUACUGGGGCGACCACCCCAAUCUCUUCGUUGCGCCCGCGCAGGAACCAGACGCCGGGAAGCGCGCAGCAUUAGUCCUCAAAUGGUUUCUCGGGUCUCUGCGGAAUCAACAGUACGCAGGGCGCGACCCCUCAGAUGGGGUCAAGAAACCAUUGAAUGCGUUUCUAGGCGAGAUCUUCAUGGGAAAAUGGGAUGCGUCUUCCAUCCCCUCUCCAAAUAAUGACAACGGUGGAGAGAACCCAGGGGAUAAUGAAACGACGUUGAUCUCAGAGCAAGUAUCCCAUCACCCCCCGGUAACCGCGUGCCGCCUCUCCAACGCCGCACACGGGAUCCACGCAACGGGUUUCACGCAGCAAGAAAUCACCUUCAGCGGCACGGUCAGCAUCAAGCAAAAAGGCUACGCCAUCCUGCAUAUUGACCGAUUCGACGAGGACUUUCUGAUCCCCGUCCCCAACGUCAAGGUCCGCGGCAUCCUGAGCGGCGCGCCGUACCCGGAGCUCGUGGGGACAUAUAGCAUCGUGUCGUCGUCGGGCUUCGUCGCAGAGGUGAAAUUCGAGGGCAAAGGGUUUCUAGGCGGAGGCACGAAAAACGGGUUCGAUGCCAAAGUAUACAAAAUAAACAGUAGCAACGUGGAGGACAGCGGGGAGAGAGAAUUGAUCUACACAGCUACUGGCCAAUGGAACUCGCGCUUCUCCAUCGUUUCCACACAAACCGGCAAGGAAAUCGAUGCGUUUGACGCUGCGUCCGCGCCUUCCCGCCCAAUUACAGUCGUGCCCCGAGACGAGCAAGAUCCUUGGGAAUCGCGUCGCGCGUGGGGUGGUGUCAUCGAUGCUCUGAACCGCGGCGAUAUGCAAGGGACCGUUGCCGCGAAAUCUCGGGUCGAGGAAGGGCAGCGUGGGAUGCGUAGAGCUGAGAAGGAGAAGAAGGAGACGUGGAAACAGGUGUUUUUCAGGAAGGAGCAGAGGGAUGAGAGGUUUGAAAGAUUGGUUAAAGCGGAUCGUCAUGCUUCGUUUAAUGUGGAUCCACAGGGUGGGAUUUGGAUGGUCGAUAUUGAUAUGGUGGUGAAAGGGGGAGAAAGGAAGUUUCAUGAAGGGGUCGCACCGGAUGGGAGUAGAUGUAUGAAAAACGAUAAGAGUGAUGGCGAUGAUCAUGAGGAUCUUCGUAGUGAACGAAGGGAAGAAGUCGUUCGGCAACGGCAGCCUUCCAACGAGAUCAAGGUGGGAGACAGCGAAUCGGUCUCAUCCCGAUCACGGAGUAGGAAAGAUUCAAAGCAAGAGGCGGAUAGGAAGGGUUCCAGGGAUUUAUCAUCGUCCUCUUCGUCGCUUCCUUCGUCUCCGACGACGAUAGGUGGUGUGACACAUAUCAACAGUCAACUGGAGAAUAUACAGAUCGAAGAAAUGUUGCGGAACAAGUAUAGUUCUGCUCGUCGAUAA